AUGGAUAAGCUCAUUGAAGUGUUGAAUCGACAGCCACUGAAGAAUGAAUUAGACGAAGCGUAUAUCAAUCGACUAACUAAAGACAUUGAACGUGUUCAAUGUCACAUCCAGCAGGCAGAAAAAGCAAUAAAUUCUUUCGAUAAAGAUUUAGCUAAGUCAUGCUCCCUAGAGAAACGAAUCAUAGCCUUGUAUGCCACUUAUGGCAAUAUUCCAUACAUCCCUGACAAAAAUGACACCAUUGCAACAGCAGUUACUUCAGUUAUACUUGAAGAGAUGAUUGAAGAGAAGCGUAAAGAGAUAUCACAAGCGAGUGAGGAUGAUCCAAGUGUGGAAUUUGAUUUCACUAAAAAUAUUGAGGAAUUGAAGAAUCAAAAACAAGAACGACUACAAGAAAUCAAAGAGUUGAGUGAGUUGAUCGAUAAAGGGUUCACAUCGCCAUUGACCUCGAAAUGGAUAGAGUCAUUGGAGCUACGAAAGGCACUUUUUAACUACUUAAAGAAAGUUUUGAUCAAAUACCUUGCCAUCUCUGAUCGUACCUCAGGUUCCGUCAACAACAAGGAUCAAGUGAAAGAGACGGUUCGCACCUUGACCAGCUUUUUUGACAGUUUAUUGACUUCAGAGUGGGUUCGUGUUCCCGACAACGUUGGCAUAAUCAUUAGCAUUUUAGCUCGAGAUGGUGUAGUAAUUAUCAAGAACGAACAAGCGAAGUUGAAGGGCUUCUACGAUAUCUAA